AUGAAAAAUUUGUCUAUCAAGGAACUCAAAGUUCUUUCAGAUGAGUUGAGGUCUGAUAUUAUCUUCAAUGUUUCGAAGACCGGGGGACAUUUAGGUUCCAAUCUUGGUGUUGUUGAGCUUACAGUGGCUCUUCAUUACAUCUUCAAUACUCCUCAAGAUAUGAUCCUUUGGGAUGUUGGUCAUCAGUCUUAUCCUCACAAGAUUCUAACGGGGAGAAGAGGAAAGAUGAAGACAAUGAGACAAACCAACGGCCUGUCCGGUUUCACCAAGCGAGGAGAGAGUGAGCAUGAUUCUUUUGGUACUGGACAUAGUUCAACCACAAUAUCUGCAGGAUUAGGGAUGGCUGUGGGAAGGGACUUGAAGGGUCGGAACAACAAUGUGGUUGCAGUUAUAGGAGAUGGUGCAAUGACAGCUGGACAGGCUUAUGAAGCUAUGAACAAUGCUGGCUAUUUGGAUUCUGACAUGAUUGUGAUUCUCAACGACAACAAGCAAGUCUCUUUGCCUACAGCUAACUUGGACGGACCUACACCACCUGUUGGAGCUUUGAGUAGUGCACUUAGUAAGUUGCAGUCUAAUCGUCCUCUCAGAGAGUUGAGAGAAGCUGCAAAGGCAAGGAUUGGGAUAACAAAGAAAAUUGGGGGAUCAAUGCACCGUUUAGCUUCAAAGGUAGACAAGUAUACUCGGAGAAUGAUUAAUGGAACCGGUUCGACAUUUUUUGAAGAACUUGGUUUCUACUAUAUUGGUCCAGUCGAUGGACAUAACAUAGAUGAUUUGGUCUCCAUUCUUAAAGAAGUAAAGAGCACAAAACCCAUAGGACCAGUUCUGAUUCAUGUUGUGACUGAGAAAGGUCGUGGAUAUCCUUACGCAGAGAAAGCUGAUGACAAGUAUCAUGGAGUUGUGAAAUUUGAUCCAUCAACUGGUAAACAGUUCAAAAACAUUUCCAAGACUCAGUCUUACACAACCUGUUUUGCAAAGGCCUUGAUUGCGGAAGCAGAAGCAGACAAAGAUGUUGUUGCCAUUCAUGCAGCCAUGGGAGGUGGGACAGGGUUGAAUCUCUUCCAACGCCGCUUCCCUACAAGAUGUUUUGAUGUUGGUAUAGCGGAACAGCAUGCAGUUACUUUCGCUGCUGGUCUUGCAUGCGAAGGUCUUAAACCAUUUUGUGCAAUCUACUCGUCUUUCAUGCAACGAGCUUAUGACCAAGUUGUACAUGAUGUUGAUCUACAGAAACUACCUGUGAGAUUUGCCAUGGACAGAGCAGGACUAGUGGGAGCAGAUGGUCCAACGCAUUGUGGAGCAUUUGAUGUAACGUUUAUGGCAUGUCUUCCAAACAUGAUAGUGAUGGCUCCAUCUGAUGAGGCAGAGCUUUUUAACAUGGUUGCAACCGCGGCAGCUAUAGAUGAUCGUCCUUCUUGUUUUCGAUAUCCUAAAGGAAAUGGUAUUGGUGUUUCACUUCCUCCUGGAAACAAAGGUGUCCCUCUUCAGAUUGGUAAAGGUAGGAUACUAAGGGAAGGUGAGAGGGUGGCACUCUUGGGAUAUGGAUCAGCUGUUCAAAAUUGUAUAGAGGCUGCCACUAUAUUAGAUGAACGUGGGUUAAAGAUAACUGUGGCAGAUGCAAGAUUCUGCAAGCCAUUAGAUGUUGCUCUCAUUAGAAGCUUAGCUAAGUCUCAUGACGUUCUAAUUACUGUUGAAGAAGGUUCCAUUGGAGGGUUUGGAUCACAUGUGGUGCAGUUUCUGGCACUUGAUGGCCUUCUUGAUGGAAAGCUCAAGUGGAGACCAAUGGUGCUACCUGACCGGUAUAUCGAGCAUGGAUCACCGUUGGAUCAACUGGCUGAAGCUGGACUCACAGCUUCUCAUAUUGCAGCCACCGCACUUAACUUGAUUGGGAUUCCUAGAGAAACCUUGUUUUGGAAGUAA